AUGCCUAACCGGAUCCAAGGAUUGUGGCCGAGGAGGACGGGGCAGAUCCAUGUCAAACCCACCAUUUUAUCGGCUGGUGGGGCGAAGCGCUUGACAUAUAUGUAUCGCGUUUUUGAAACGUUUAUGAAGUAUCUCCCUCCUCACCCCAGGCCAAUCCGGCAGCUUCUGAAGAGAACCGGGGUCUGCCUCCUCAGCUCAAGUGAUGGGCAAGCGAAACCACACAGAAGCUCUCGUUGCGUCAUCUCGGCGCGUUAUUCAACCGCAUGGUCCACGUCUUCCGCAAGCCAGGAUGGGCCAAUUGAGGAGGCUGCAAAUCCAAAUGGACAGGUUUGGUGUAAGACCCUCAGCCCGUUAGAACUUGGCUGCUCAGCCGCAAGCAUUAUCAUCAUCAAUGACGGAAGGUUGUUUGGUGAAGAGAUGAAUGAACCUAGUGAAGCCCUGCAAGCGCGGAGGGCGGCCCAGAUGCAACGAGCCAAUCGUCCCCCGAAAAAAUAA